AUGAAAUUCUGUGUUGUUAUUAGUUUUAUAGUGAUAUUGUUCAUAUCGAGAGCCGUUUGUGAAGAAUGCGAGGCGUGUUUAAAACUAGAACAAUGCCCAGCUUUCGACGAAUUAAGCAAAGGAGAACAGGAAGAUUUGCAACUUAAAUAUCCAUGCUCAUCACCCGAUGAUUAUGAAUUGAGCAACCUCUUUGGAUUCGCACCCAUCUCCAGAGGAGAAUAUGUAUGCUGUUCCGACGUCCAAAGAUCAGUGAGAAACAGACGCAACAAUUACAAUAAUUUCGGCCGCCAAAAUAAUAAUUAUGAUGACCGAAACCUUGGUUACAAUAAUUACCCUAAUUCGCAAAACCAAAACGGUUACGGAUACAGAAAUAACCCAAGUGAUAAUAGCUGGGGAUCGAAUGAAGAUAAUGAGUACCGUAAUCAGGGUAGCCCGGAUUAUGAUGGGAGCGGGUACAACAAUCAGGGACCUAGAAACUAUUUUAAUACGAAUAACAGUCCGUAUGUGACUGCGAGUCCAUUCUUUCCUAUUCGCGGACAAGGUCGUGGGGGUAAUAGUCAACGGGGUCAAUGUCCCGUAACAAGCUUACCCCCGAACCCUGAUACAGGAUGUUGCGGCCGCGAGGCGUCUGAUAGCGACAGGAUUAUCGACAGGCCUAAACCACCAUCCUAUUAUGACGAGGGACCUAGGAAUAAUGGUAAUAACUAUUUCGGCAACUCUGCUUGGCCCUAUAACACACCUCAGGGAAGAUUCAUAAGGGCAACUAAGGACGUCCCUGAAGUGACCAUCGGCAAUCGUAUCGCAGGUGGCCGGGAAACCGAACUGGAGCAGUUCCCCUGGACUGUUCUCCUGGAAGUAACCUUUGACAAUGGAGAAAAGAGACAGGGAUACAACUGCGGAGGAUCACUCAUCAGCUCGAAAUACGUCUUGACUGCUGGUCACUGCGUUUUUGAUCAGGGAAGCAAGAUUGUAGAUGUCGACAUAUACCUAGCAGAAUAUGAUAAACGUACGUUCCCAAAGGACUGUAAGAAUGUGCUGGGUGAAGGACAGAAGUGUGUAGAGAACAUCGUGAUGAAAGCAGAGGAUGUUGUUCUGCAUCCGCAGUAUGAUGACUCACAGCUUACCAAUGAUAUCGCUUUGAUAAGGAUACAAGGGAACGCACCAUACACGGACUACAUUCGACCCAUCUGCCUGCCAUCCAUUGACAUCGACAGCCCGGACUUCUCAAACCUUCGUCUGGCCGUCGCCGGGUGGGGUCGGAACGGCCGCUUCCGAUCGAACAUCAAACAAUCAACAAUCGUCAAUCUAGUACCUCAGGAAAAAUGCAUAAAAUUCUACCCAAACCUGUCAAGACGACAAAUGUGUGCGGCAGGUUACACUGGCGAGGACACGUGCAAAGGUGACUCUGGCGGUCCACUUAUGACGGUGUAUGGCGGGAAGUACCAAGUGGUGGGUGUAGUAAGUGGGAAACGGGCGGACUCGCCCUGUGGGACCUCCGUGCCGUCGCUCUACACUAACGUCUACCACUACAGAGACUGGAUACAGAGUAAUAUGAAGAAUUAA